AUGAGUAAUUCCUCCCCACCACUGAAUAUUCUCAAAUCCCAUUUUGGAUUUGACAGCUUCCUCCCCUUGCAGGAGGAGAUAAUUACCAAUGUCCUUUCCGGUCGGGAUAGCUUGGUGCUCUUGCCUACCGGCGGCGGCAAGUCCCUGUGCUACCAGUUGCCCGCCAUGUGUUUGCCGGGAUUAACCCUGGUGGUGUCCCCUCUGAUCGCCCUCAUGAAAGACCAGGUGGAUGCCCUGAACUCCAAUGGCAUUCCGGCCCGGUUCAUUAACAGUUCCCUGACCUCAUCAGAGAUAGAACUGGCGCAAGGCGAGGCAAGCCGUGGGCAAGCCAAGAUUCUCUAUGUGGCUCCGGAACGCCUGGCCAUGCCUGGAUUCCGGCAUUUUCUCAGCAAUGUGGAACUCAGCCUUAUCGCCAUCGACGAAGCCCACUGCAUCUCCGAGUGGGGCCAUGAAUUCCGUCCCGAUUACCGCAAUUUGAGGCAACUGCGGCAGGCCUUUCCGGGGGUGCCGGCAAUCGCCCUGACGGCGACAGCCACCUGGCAAGUCAGGGAGGACAUAGUUCAACAAUUGGGCCUUCAGCAGGGAAGGGUCUUUCUAUCCAGCUUCAACCGGGCCAAUUUGACCUAUUCGGUGCAAUCGAAAGAAGGCUACUGGCAAAAACUGCUAACCCUCUUAGGGGCCCAUAAAGGAGAGUCAGCUAUAAUUUAUGCCUUCUCCCGCCGAGAGACCGAAGAGUUGGCCGAAGACCUGAACGCCCGUGGCCUGAAGGCCCGCCCGUAUCACGCCGGCCUGGACCCGGAAACACGGCGCCGGACCCAGGAGGACUUCAUUCGGGAUCGGGUCCCUAUUAUUGUCGCUACCAUUGCCUUUGGGAUGGGGAUAGACAAACCCGAUAUCCGCCUGGUGGCCCACCAUAGCCUUCCCAAGUCGUUGGAAGGUUAUUAUCAGGAAACGGGCCGGGCGGGACGGGAUGGGCUCCCCAGCGAGUGCGUCCUCUUCUACUCCUACGCCGACAAGGCCAAGCAGGAGUAUUUCAUUGACCAGAUUGAGGGGCGGGUGGAACAAGAGAACGCCCGCCUGAAACUGUCCCGGAUGGUCGAGUUUGCGGAAAUUCCUCUAUGCCGCCGCAAGAAUAUAUUGGGCUACUUUGGCGAAGACUGGGAAGAAGAAAAUUGCGGAAGCUGCGACGUGUGCCUCGCCGCCAAUGACGAAAUUGAUGCCACCGAAAUAGCCCAGAAAGUGCUGUCUGCCGUGAUACGUACUGGGGAACGGUUUGGCGCGCUGCACGUUUCAAAAGUGCUCAGGGGGAGCCGGGAGAAGCGCGUGCUGGAACUGGGGCACGACCGGCUGAGUGUUUACGGCAUUGCCAAAGACUUCAGCGAAGCAGAGUUGCGGGAGAUUGUUGCCCACUUGCAGGCCCGCGCCCUGAUAAGCAGGAACGAGGGCGAGUUUGCCACCCUGUCAGUGUCCGACAAGGGAAAAGAGUUCCUGCAGCAACGGAACAAACUCUCGCUGCCCGUGUUGAAAUCCUCUGCGGAAAACCGGGAGUCUUCCGGAAAGUUAUCUCGGCAGUCCGACGCAGGGCAGCCAGACUAUGACGUAGAACUCUUCAAGCAGCUUCAAGGGCUGCGAAAGAGGCUGGCGGAUGAACAGAACAUGGCAGCUUUUGUCGUAUUCGGCCAUGCCUCCCUGAGGCACAUGGCCAGCGCGAUGCCCCAAAGCCUUGCUACCUUUGGCCUUAUACCCGGCGUUGGCUCAAGGAAGCUUGAAGAAUACGGAAGAAAAUUCGUUGCCGUAAUUCGAGAAUAUGCCGAGGCUAAAGGAAUACCGGACCAAACCAGGGAAGCAUUGAAGCAAGCGAGGUCGAGGAAACCGGCCACCGAGGAAGAGUCCCCCCGGCGGUCCACAGGCAGGGCCAGUUCGACUUACCAACAGACCAGGGACCUGCUGGCCCAGAACCUUACGGUUGCCCAGAUAGCUGAGCAAAGAAACCUGGCGGAAUCAACUAUCGUCGGUCAGCUUGAACGGAUGGUGUCCCAGGGAGAACUGCUUCACCUGGAGCACUUAUUGCCUUCCCCUGAACAUCUCCGUCGUAUUAAGGAGGCUUUCGAUGUCUGCGGUAACCAGUACCUGAAGCCGGCAUGGGAGUAUCUUGGCCCGGACUACACCUAUGAUGAGCUUCGCCUGACACGCAUCUUCUUACAGCAGGAAGUGUUGCCGGACGGCUGA